AUGGCCUUUCAACCCACCCCAACGGAUGUCUCUGUGAUCAUCACCUCGGCCUCCAUGGCACGUCCAGGAGGCGAGUCGGAGCCGAGAUUUCUGAAUGAGCGCCGCAUCACGCCGACUUGGACGGUCGAGCAGGUGAAGAGCAAACUCGAGACCAUGACUGGAGUUCCCCCCGGAUGUCAACGUCUUCGGGUCAAGGUGCACGGUCGACCGGACGUCUGGGCUGACAAUGACGCCCAACUGAUUGGGGACUUUGGAAUUGCAAAGGGCUCUGAGAUUGAGGUUCAUGAUUCUCGUCCUCUGGCGAUGCGCCCCAAUUUCACCGAUUUGUCAUCGGUUGAAAAAUACGAGAUGAAGCCUGAAACCUACGAGACCCUCUCCGACUCCGUUCUUGCCUGGAAACGAAACCAGAAGUUGGGCCGAUUCGAUCCGAAUGCGCUCUCCCCCGAAGAAUCUCUCCGCAAGCAAGCCGAGAAGGAUCGUGCUGACAUUGCAAGCAAGGAGAGCUAUCAUCCUCCCUUCUUCCCCACCUCACAUUCGUCGGGGAACGAUCCGCUUUGUUGGGCCAGUUCCGACUAUUCCUCUCACGGGCCUGCACGCGAGCGCUCGAAGAGUGAUAUCCCUGCUGAACUGCAGCCCUUGUGGGUGGGCAUUGAGCUGGAUGAGCCAACGGGAAAGAAUGACGGUAGUGUCGGUGGACAACGCUUCUUUGAAUGUCCGCAGAAAUGCGGUGCUUUUGUGAAGCCGGAAAAGUUGGAGGUUGGGGAUUUCCCGCCUCUGGGGUUGGAUGAUGAGUUGGAUGAUUUGAUGGAAGAGAUUUGA